GCCAAAUGCCCGCCUCUGACCAUGUACUUUCAAGACCUCCUCCAGACCCGGCCUGCCGUCUGUAUCUCAACAGACCUCAAGCAAACCAUCGAUGGUGCACUAUAUCUCCAAUCCAAGUACAGCGACUUCCCACCCAACUUCGACGUCCGUGGUACCGCCGAAUCAUUCAUGAUUGGUAGACAGAAGGCCGAACUCCAUCAGGCCAUGCAUCAUCUGUAUCCUUCCAUCCCUGAUCGUGGACUAGACAACUUUCUCGUCAACAUGUGGGUGUACUGGCAGGGUGAAAAGGUGGAUGCCACGCGCGAGGCAAAGAAGGUGGGAAAGCUCGGAAACAAGGCGAAGAAGUGGCUGGAAUCUUUGUGAAGGGAGACGAUGGUACACCCUUUGCUUGCAAAUCAUUGGGUCGGGUUGGUGGAGUGAAUACUUUCCAUGUCUCGAUAAUGCAUUGAACAUGUCGUCCG